CCCUGCUGCUGCUGCAGGAGGUUAUUGUGAGGAGGGAGAGGCUGGAGUGCGCUGGGUAUUUCGGAGCUGGGAUAUCUGACAUUGUAGCAAGGGGAGACUCCUGCUCAGAAGGGCGUUAGCUGGAGGUGAUCCCACUGAAGAUUUGGAGCUUGGUGACCCAUAUCUGAUUGUAAAGAGCGUCAUGGCAGAACCAGACUACAUUGAAUCUGAAAAUGGUGAUCUGAUAAGACCACACAAAAUAAUAAAUCCUGUGAAGACCUCAAGAAACCACCAAGAUCUCCAUCGAGAGUUAUUAAUGAAUCAGAAAAGAGGUCUUUCUCCCCAAAAUAAACCCGAGCUACAAAAAGUGAUGGAGAAACGAAAAAGAGACCAAAUCAUAAAACAACAAAAGGAAGAAGCAGAACAAAAAAAGUCUGACUUUGAGAUAGAGUUACAGAAGCGCCAUCAAAAGCUGGAAGAGAUGGAAAUGGGGAAACAUAAGAUCGAAGAGGAACAGGAAAAUAAGCCAGAGUUCAUUAAGGUCAAAAGCAAUCUCAGGAGAAUGAACCAGGAAAUAUCAGAUGCCAAAAAUUCAUAGACGCAACAAUUUCCAGAUUUUUCUGUAGAAAUAUAUAUUUUUACAGGUCGUUGUGUGAAAUGGACAUUUAGAUGGGGGACUUCCUUGCUUGGCAUCACCAGAGUGAACAUUUUAUCCUUUGACAUCCUAAAAACUUUAUGGCUGCGGAAGAUGUUUGAUAAGACUGGAUAUUGUGACCUUGAUUCAGAGCAGUCGUCUAACAAAGUGACCUUUUUUUUUUUUCGGCUGGUGAUCCACUGGACAAAGUAGACAUCCCAGGCUCCAAUAACUGGAUCAGGGGUUAAUGGGUUAAUGCAAACUAAUUUUUUUUUAAUCUAUUUUUGCAGGGUUGUAUAAAACAUGCUGGAAGUCUUCACUGUGCUGUAAAAUAGUUUUUAUUUGUUUUUAUAAGCAAUUUAAACGCAGAGUACUUGUGUAAUUACAUUUUCCUCCUGUAAAUGUAAGACAAAUGGCAGUUAGACUGAUAUAAUUCUGCUACACUGGCUUCAUGUUAAGGAUGUGGAAAUUAUUUACUUCAACUGUGAUAAUAUAUGCCUGGACUGCAAAUCAUGCUGCUAUUUAGAGAUGCAAUGCUAGGUUUCCAAUUUUUUUUCACAUUUUAUAUUAUAUGACUGUCAUUUAUUGAAGCAUACAAAGAGUUAAUUGUUUGUCUUAGGUCAAAUAACUUUGUAUUCCUUUUUUCCCUUGAAGAAGUUUGACAUAAAAUGACGUUAUAUUAGUCUUUCCACACUUUCUGAAUUUAAAAAACCUCAAACAGGGCCAUUCAUCUAGCUAUCAGAACAGAAGCUUUUGUAAUUGGUGGACUAAAGUCCAAAAUUAUAAUAAAUUCUUUUUUUUUAUGUUAUACUUCAUCUUUGGCCGUUACUAUUGGUAACAAUGUUAAUUAUCUGAUCCUAUUUAUUUUCAAUUUGAUAUCUCCAAUAAUGGGUUAUAUAUAACUCCUAUCAAUAUAGGAUUCUCAAAUUUAUUUUUACCUUGCGUUCACUACUUUUUUAUAAUGCGAGUUGCAUUUAUAUUGAGUGUUACCGACCGAAUAAUUCAGAAAACUGUUUUGGGCUAUUACAAAGUAAUUGCAUGGCUCUGUCUGAUGCUGAAUAUAACUGUGCAUUUAAUUAUAGUUUUAUAUCAGAUUGAACUCUGUAAUAUAAUGAGUCUUCAUAGAAUGACUUGUUCAUGAUUUUAUCUAUAUAUGUUUAUUGUUUAACACUUGAACUUUGUCUGUUAAGCUAUUGGUAAUGAGAAACUUUUCUGUGUUAUGUAAUCUGUUGAACAUUCUUCCUUCCCCAUAUUUUAGUGCCAUAUAUGUUUGGGUUGGGAUGGAUUGCAAUGAAAUUUCUGUCAUUUAGAAAUUGUCAUAUUUCAGUAUUAUUUUCAGGUUAAAGGCAACACUUAAAUAAGAUCAUGGAUAAUGCAAUGCAGAAUGGUAACAGACUACACUUCCCAUUAUGCUCCCGGGAGCCUUUAUCUGUUAUGAGUGGAGCUUUUGAAAAAUGAAUAAUACAGGGUUGCUUUGGGAAGUAGUGUAGCCAUAAAAGUAGCAUUUUUCAAUACACAUUUAAAGGACAUAGCUGUAUGGUAGCCUUGCUUAUCCAAUCAUAGAACGAAUGCCAUAUGUACAUUUAAUUUCUAGCAUAACAGAGAGCAUAUUCCUUUUAUAACCAGUUUAUUAUUUGUAGAUGACAAGACUUCAUUCUGGGACUUUUUUUUUUGCCUUUGAUUAAAUAAUUUUAAGGGAUUCCAGUAGUUGGAGGAAAAUUUAAAAUAUUAAACGGUUAACAAAAGAACCUGUUCAAGUAUUUAGGAGAUAGAUAUAUAUAUUAAUAACCUAAAACUUCAUUAUGUUUCUUUUCCUUUCUUGUUUGUUUUAUAAUAGACAGAAUAAAGAUUUUAUAUUUUAAAAUAGUUUUUAUUAUUUAAAAAUGGUGUGUGUGUGUAUAUAUGUGUGUGUGUGUAUAUAUAGAUAUACACACACACACACAUAUAUAUAAACAUUUUAACCCUCUAGCGGCUUAAAACAUGUUGGGGUUGGUUAAUAUAUGAUGCUAAGAUGACCCCAAUGCUAUUAAAUGAUCAUAUUAAAGGACUUAUGUUUUUUUUUAAUGUGCUCAAGUCUCUCUCUAAGAUAUACCCUAGCUUUGUAACCAUUUAUUUUUCUCCUCUAUCAAACCAAAAUAUAAAUAUGCGGCACUGUGUAAUGUUGGAGCAUACUUGUAGUCCAGCAUUUGUUUUUUUUAAAGCUUUUAUUAAAGAAAAAUAAAUCUGUUCUGAUAUUUACUUGAAAGAAUCACCUGGUGUUUUUCAUAAUUACUUGGUAAACAACCAUAAUGAUGAGUUGGCAGCUCUAUAAAAUGUUCAUUAUUUCAUAUAACACAUUAAAUGUGAUAUUUUUCAUCCGUAUAAUUUGUAUUGUAACUUGUGUUUCACAAAACGGCAAAUGCCACAGACACAGAAGUGAAAAUAUUAUUUAUACAAUUUCUAUAUAUUCAACCUAAAUGCAAAAAUGGCCUUUUACAGUAUAAAAUGUUAUAAAAUGUGGCCUUCUCUGUGUAAAAUUUAACAAGGAAAUAUGCUGGCAUGUAUGUGCCCUACUUGGGGUUAGCUUGCAAUCAUCACAGUAUCCUGCAGAAGGCGCAGUGCAAGUGCUUUCAUCCCGUGCAAGUGCAGUCAUAACCUUUUCACUUAUUUUCACUGGUCAUUUUACUUUUUUUUUUUCUUCUCAGGGAAGAGACCACUUUAGAUUAACUUUAUUGCCUUUUUUUUUUGUGAAAUCUCAGUUGCAAACAAGAAAAUGCUAGAAACCUAAGUUACAUUCCUUUGUAAACUAUCCAGAAUUUGUUGGACUUCCCUCUUAUUGCAGGUCAAUUCUGAAAUAUAUUUUUAUUAUAUUGUGGGCAUAAAACUAAUGUACACCUUUUUAAUUUUUAUUUUAAUAUUUAUAUCCUUUACUUUGAUAGGAAUCUGAUUUUUUAUUUUCCAUGACAUUCUUUUGCAGGCUGUUCUCUACCACUUUUAUAUAAAGGGAGCCUUUUUGUUUUCAUUAUAUAAAUACUGAUUUUAUAUUUGCAUUUGUAUAGUUAUUGAGAAGGGAACCUUUAAACCAAUUCUGUGCUUAAUAAAUUUACAUGCUGAGCUAUGCA